AUGUCAGUCAAGUUUGAAGAAUUGAUCACAUCAUUGAUCCAAAGUGCCCCAUCGACCGAAUUACCCGAAGUCAUCCAAUCGUUAAAGACUAUAUCCGGUGCAUCCAAAUCCACCAUUGACGAUGCAUUGGCAGCAUAUAUCAAGAACCACCCUAUAGCUGUAUCCGAUUAUAUCAUCAGCUCAUUGAACAAAGACCCGCAUUCAUCCAAGUACAUUGAUUACAUCAAGGAAGAGAAAUUUACUUUUGAUAUAACCAAGCAAGAGAUUGUUGAUGUUGAAUCGUAUACCCCUAAAGUAUCAGUUGAUUCGCAAUUGGUUUCGAAAUUGCAACAAUACGGCGAUGAUUAUUUCCAGGAUUAUGCAUUUACCAUCAUUCCUGAAUCAUCGCAAGAUGCUUAUACGAUCAUUAUACUUGGUCAGAAAUUAAAUCAAGAUAAUUUUUACACAGGGAUAUGGCAUAGUCAAUACAAGAUCAAUGGUGAUAAAAUCACAGGUGCGAUUGAUUUAGAUAUUCAUUAUUUUGAAGACGGCAAUGUGCGUUUGAAAUACAAUGAGGCUGAUGUAUCUGGUACUGGUAUGACAAGUGCUAGUGAUGUCGUUAAUUUUAUAAAUCAAGCUGAUAAUGCUAUUGAAUUGAAAUUGAUUGACCAGUUUCAACAUUUGAAUCAACAAUCGUUUAAGAAUUUGAGAAGAUUGUUGCCGGUGACUAGGUCUAAGAUUAAUUGGGGUAGUGCUAUUGGAAACUAUAGAUUAGGUUCGGAUGUAGUCAAUAAGAAGUAA